CCCAUUCCUGACAGCCAUGGGGGCCAAAGCAAUGAUUGUGUCCAUAUGGAUUCUCAGUCUUUCAAUCUCCUGUGCACUAGGCAUUGAAAUCAAAAAGGGACGAGCCCGUGACCACAGCAAUACCAUCUGCAGCACUUGGGGUAAUGAACACAUCAAGACUUUCGAUGGGGAUGUAUACCAGUUUCCCGGGACCUGCGUCUAUAACCUUGCCUCGGACUGCCACGAAUCGUACCUGGAGUUCUCCGUCCACAUGCGCCGCACCGACACAGGGGGGCGUCCCACCAUCAAGGAGCUGGAGAUCACGGUCAAAGAUGAGGUCAUCAUACUGACCCCAAAACUGGUAGUUGUCAACGAAGCCCCUGUUAGCACCCCAUACUAUGGCUCUGGGAUCCUGGUUGAGAGAAAUGAAAUCUACACCAAGCUGUACGCUAAGCUGGGACUGACACUCAUGUGGAAUGGAGAAGAUGCCGUGAUGCUGGAGCUGGAUCCUAAGUUUCAAAACCGGACCUGUGGUCUGUGUGGGGAUUACAAUGGGCAGCAGCUCUUCAAUGAGUUUAUUUUAGAAGGAGACCAGCUGACCCCCAUCGAAUUCGGGAAUCUGCAUAAAAUUCACCAGCCCAAUGUGGACUGUGAAGACCCUGUCGAAGCAGAGACGAUGGCUGUCUGCACUCAACACCGCAACACCUGUGAGGAGAUGCUGACUGCCCCAAGCUGGUCCGACUGCUCCGGCCGCUUGAACCUGGAGCCUUACAUCCAGACCUGCAUGCAGGACAUGUGUAGCUGCACGGCCCCCAAGAAAAUGGACUGCAUCUGCAGCACCCUCUCCGAAUUCUCCCGGCAGUGCUCCCACGCCGGCGGCAAGCCCAACAAUUGGCGGACUGACACUCUGUGCCCUAAGAGCUGUCCCUUCAACAUGAUCUAUAAAGAGAGCGGCUCUCCCUGUGUGGACACUUGUUCCCACCGGGACACCAGCACUCUAUGUGAGGAGCACUUCAUGGACGGCUGCUUCUGCCCCGAAGGAAUGGUGCUUGAUGACAUCAUGCAGUCCGGCUGCAUUCCUGUGAAUCAGUGCAAGUGCUCAAUGCAUGGCAAGAACUACAACCCAGGAGAGAAGAUCCAGCAGCAGUGUGAAGAAUGUGUCUGCUCUUCAGCUAAAUGGAUGUGUAAAAACCUGCCCUGUCCCGGGAGCUGUUCUGUGGAGGGAGGGGCCCACAUCUCUACUUUCGACGGGAGACCCUACACCUUCCAUGGGGAUUGCUACUACAUUCUGUCUAAGGACUGUGCUGGGGGUCGCUUCUCCGUGCUGGGGGAGCUCGGGCCCUGUGGGGCGCAAAAGCUGGACACGUGCCUGAAGACUGUGGUGCUGCUGCUGAACAAGGACUUGAGCAGCAGGAGUAAACGUGUUCUGGUUAUUAAUGCAAAAGGAAAGGUUUUCCUGCACAAUACAGAGAUCCAAUUACCCCACACAGCUGCAAACCUUCACAUCUUUAGACCAUCUUCCUUCCACAUCAUCCUGCAAACAGACUUUGGGCUGCAGAUACAGGUGCAGAUGGUUCCCAUCAUGCAGGUCUACAUCACCCUGGAUCAGUCCUACAAAACACAAGUGUGCGGUCUCUGUGGAAACUUCAACGACAAGCACAAUGAUGAUUUCAAGACCGCCCAUGGGAUGGUGGAGGGGACAGCUUCAGCUUAUGCCAACUCAUGGAAAGCCCAGGCCAGCUGCCCAGACAAGACUGACCGCCUGGAUGACCCGUGCUCUCUGAGCAUGGAAAACGAAAACUAUGCUGAGCACUGGUGUUCUACCUUGAUGAACGAGGACGGUGACUUCUCCAGGUGCCAUGCUGUGGUGGACCCCGAGGAAUAUUACAGGAGAUGCAAGUAUUCCAGCUGCAACAGUGAGAAGAGCGAGGACUUCUUGUGUGCAGCCAUCUUUUCGUACAUCCGAGCCUGCGCUGCAAAGGGGGUUCAGCUGCAAGGCUGGAGAAGCAGUGUUUGUGAUAAGCACAUAAGCAGCUGCCCAGCCUCUCAGAACUUCUCGUACGCGCUGCAAGGCUGCCAGCGCACUUGCCGGUCUCUGAGUUCAGGACAGGAGGGAUGCUCUGUGAAUUUUGUGCCCGUGGAUGGGUGCUCCUGCCCAGAGGGUCUGUACCUAGAUGAGCAGGGGACCUGCGUGACAAAGGCGAGGUGCCCGUGUCUUCACAAUGAAGAGCUGGUUAAACCCGGAACGUCUAUCAAAAUACAGGAUGAACGAUGCACCUGCACCAAUGGAAAGUUCCACUGUGCUUCUGCAUAUCUGAGAUUGCAACACUGUUCUCCCUCAAUGGUCUACUUCAACUGCAACUUAGCCAAAGCUGGAGCUUCAGGGGUAGAGUGCCAAAAAACUUGCCAGACUCUCAAGGAGGAUUGUUACCAAGUGGGGUGUAAAUCUGGAUGUAUGUGCCCUGACGGUUUGAUCUCUGACGGAAGAGGGAACUGCGUCCAUGAACACCAGUGCUCUUGUCAGCACAACGGAGCCUAUUAUGUCACAGGAGCGAAAAUACAAGACAAGUGCAACUUAUGCACCUGUAAUAGUGGCACCUGGCAGUGCACACACAAGGAAUGCCACAGCACCUGCACCAUCUAUGGCAAUGGACAUUACAUCACCUUUGAUGGGAGGCGGUAUAAUUUCGAAGGGGACUGUGCAUACAUUGCAGCCCAGGAUUACUGUGGAGAUAAAUCUGGGGAUGGCACAUUCAGAGUAAUUACUGAAAACGUUCCCUGCGGCACUACAGGGACAACUUGUUCAAAAUCUGUCAAGGUUUUCAUUGGGAGAAUUGAACUGAAGCUGUUUGAGGGAACGUAUGAAGUAGUGAAUCGGGAUGAAGGAAAAAAUGUGACGUUUACAGUCCGUACUGUCGGUCUGUACAUCACCAUUGAGACCAGCAACGGGCUGGUAGUGUUAUGGGACCGGAAAACAACAGUCUAUAUCAUUCUAAGCCCCCAAUACAAGGGAAAAGUGUGUGGCCUGUGUGGUAACUACGACGACAACGCCAGGAACGACUUCACCACCCAGGGACAGCUACAGGUAGCGAACUCGAUGGAGUUUGGGAACAGCUGGAAGGUUGUGAGCUCCUGUCCUGACAUGUGGAACGAUACCAACCCCUGCGCCAUCAACCUCCACCGUCACAGCUGGGCAAAGCUGCAUUGCAGCAUCAUCAAGAGCGAGGUGUUCAAAGACUGCCACAAAAAGGUGGAUUUCAAUCCAUACUAUGAUUCCUGUGUCCAUGACUCAUGUGCCUGUGACUCUGGGGGAGACUGUGAGUGUUUCUGCACGGCUGUUGCCUCGUACGCCGCAGCAUGUAAUUCAGCUGGGGUUUGUGUCGCCUGGAGGAACCCUGAGAUCUGCCGUUGCUACCCACAAUGCCCCCCGGACAAACCAAUAUACGAUGAACAAAACAAAAUCUGUGUAGAAAAGUGUGGAUGUUACAUCAACGGCACCUUCUAUGAACCAGGGAAGUUUGUUCCUACAGAAGAAGACUGCAUGAAGUGCAUUUGUUUGAUAACGGGAGAACUGCAGUGUGAUGACACCAAUUGUACUCGAACAACAACACCAACCAGCCCAACAACAACAGCACCAACAACCACAACUACAACCACCAUUUCUACAACUCCAAAAGUACCAGACUGUACAGAUUUGGACCCCCCGCGAUACGAGGGUGAAAUUUUUUGGCUCUGUAACUGCACCAUGGCGAAAUGCAUUGAAAAUAAUACAGUCAUCAUUGUCCCAUACGAAUGCCCUCCUCUAGUGAAGAUCAACUGUACCAAUGGACGGGAACCGGUUUUGAAGUAUGAUGAAAACCUGUGCUGUCCUCGCUACGAGUGUGACUGUCAUUGCAAUGGCUGGGGAGACCCCCACUACACUACCUUUGACGGAUCGUACUACAGCUAUCAGGGGAACUGCAGCUAUGUACUGGUGGAGGAGAUCAACCCCGUAUUGGAUAACUUGGGGUUUAAAGUUUAUAUCGACAACGUCCACUGCGACAUCCGAGACCAGGUGUCCUGCCCUCGCUCCAUCAUCAUCUUCUACGACGCCCUGGUCGUCGAACUCAGGAACACUGAAACUGGAGGCCGCGUGAAGUUACAGGUGCUGGUUAAUAAGCAGGUAGUUUCACUGCCCUUCGUCAAUUAUGGGAUGAAGAUAUACAGCUCCAAGCUGUACAUUUUCGUUGAGAUACCUCAAAUAAAAGCAGUGAUCAGUUUCAGUGGCAUCGCGUUCACUAUUGAUCUGCCCUACCACAUAUUCGGAAACAACACCCAGGGACAAUGCGGAACUUGCACUAACAACAAGGCUGAUGACUGCAUGCUUCCUGGAGGACAGCUUAUCAACGACUGUGCAGUGAUGGCUGACUACUGGCCCGUGGAAGACCCCAACAAGGUGAACUGUGUGUCUCCAUCAUUGAGGCCCACCAACCGGCCACCCAGUCCCACUGUUCCUGCCACAACGCCCUGUGUCCCAGACUCACUGUGCAGCAUCCUGAAGAGCAGUGUGUUUGCAGAGUGUCACAGGCACAUCCCGGCAGAUAAUUUCUUCCAGGCCUGUGUGUUUGACGGAUGCCACAUGCAGAAUUCGUCCAUGGAAUGCUCCAGUUUACAGACAUACGCCUCCAUGUGUGCCUCAGUGGGCAUCUGCAUAGACUGGAGAAGCUUGACCCGCGGGAAAUGCCCCUCCAGCUGUUCCCCUAACAUGGUUUACAAACCCUGUGGGCCUGCUGAACAGCCCUCUUGCGCACUUAGGUCUUCUGGUUUUGUUCAAAAGCAAGACACUCUACAGAUAACUGAGGGCUGCUUCUGCCCUGAAGGCACCAUGCUCUUCAGCCCUAACUCUGACAUUUGUGUGAAGAAAUGUGGGUGUCUGGACCCUCAUGGUGUGCCUCGAGAGUUUGAUGAGAAAUUUGAGCACAACUGCCAGGACUGUGUGUGCAGCCGUGACACGUACGGGGUCCAGUGCUCCCCCCGGCAAUGUCCAGUAAACAAAGACCCGACCUGCCCUGGGCAUGGCUUCGUCAUGGUGAAUGAGACCAGCGCGGAGGAUCCAUGCUGCCAUCAGCUCGUCUGCAGAUGCAACAUUAGCUUGUGUUCAACAACUGACCAGAAUUGUAAACCGGGAUUCCACCCUGUAAUGACAGCUAAGAGUGAUGCAUGCUGCCCAACCUACAGCUGUGAACCAAAGGGUGUCUGUGUGUACAACAACUCAGAAUAUAUGCCCGGCGGAAAAAUCCCAGUCAAUGAGUGCCAGGUCUGCACGUGCACUGACAAACUUGACGUUAAAACCCAGCUCAACACCAUUUCCUGCAUCCCCAUGCCGUGCAACUACACCUGCGAACCAGGAUUUAAGAAUGUUCAGUCUGAGAGAGAAUGCUGUGGCAAAUGCAUCCAGAACCAAUGUGUUGUUUACCUUGAAAAUGGAGACAUUCAUUUACUGAAGCCUGGAGAUAGGUGGUCUCCCCCUAACAACAUGUGUGCUCUGCAUGGAUGCCUGAAGAUCAAAGACAGCUUCAUUUCAACUCUCGCCAGCAUUGCGUGCCCUCCGUUCCACGAGAGCAACUGCCAGCCUGGAACCAUCGAAACCACUCCAGACGGCUGCUGUAAGACAUGUAUUGAGAAACAGAAGGACUGCAAGCUGAUGACAGUCAAUAGCUACCUCACCCAUCAGGGCUGCCAGUCCUCUCAGAAGAUUGCGAUAACGCAUUGCGCGGGCUCCUGUGGGACCUUCUCCAAAUAUUCUGCUAAGGCUGCCAACAUAGAACACAGUUGCAGUUGCUGCCAGGAGUUGAAGACUCACAACGUGACCAUUGAGCUGGAAUGUCCUGGAGGGAAGAGCCUGCCUUACACCUACAUCCAUACUGACCAGUGUGACUGCAUCACCACCUCCUGUGAGACCUUGAGCAGCGUGGAGAGACAGGCUCCUCUGAGUAAAAGAAGCCGUCGAUCAGAACCAAAGCCGUGAGUCAAAACAGAGCUCCACAAGCAAGACCGGAAAGACAGACCACCCGCCCUCCCUCAAAACCAGCACAGCAGCAGCAGCAGCAGCAUAAUCCAGAUAGAUUUAGAAAAACACAGCCUUGCACAAAAUUAUGAGCGUUAUGUAUUUUUUUUUUCCUGCUUUGCAGAAAUAAGUAGUUUCUAUUUAUUGUUCUAUUGUUAAUAUUAGGAAUGCCCAACUGACUUUAUUUUUACCUUUUAUUUUGUUGCUUAAAAUUGUAAAAUCAAUGCAGCUUUGCUUCCAAACCCAAUAAA